UUCAUGACGUGUCUGUGCGUGGCACUUGCGGUAAAUUUCGUUUGUUGAAAAUUCUCGAUUAGUGGGGAUCCCGUUCUUUCGAUGUGAUAAGUGAGAGGUGGCGGAUAGCGCGCUUCGAACAUACGUUACAUAUCGAAUAAACCGAACCAGUAACUAGGAAAAGAGAGGAAAAAAUGGUGAAACCCGUCAGGAAAUCGAGCAACAAGAACCCGCCGAUCUUGAGCCACGAAUACAUCAUUCAAAAUCAUGCCGAUAUCGUCUCGUGCGUUGCUAUGGUGUUUGUAGUCGGCCUUAUGGUGCAAGCUACAUCUCCUAUAGCAUCGCUUUUUAUAACCCUGCAACAUAACGUUACGGAGGCUGGAGAAGUUAUAUUUUACCCCACUGCUAAGGAUUGGGGUUGUGUGUUCUUUUAUUGCCUCAUAUGCAUCAUAGUACACGCCGUUAUCCAAGAAUACUUCAUAGACAAAGUAACGAAGAAAUUGCACUUGUCCAAAUCGAAGUUGGCCAUUUUCACCACCAGCGGGCACCUGUCGAUAUUCUAUUUUGCAUCAGCUGCAUUGGGUUUGGACAUUGUCGUGAAAGAGAACUUGCUGUUCGAUGUAGCCAAAUUGUGGACGGAUUAUCCGGCGCCCAUGCUGAUGCUCGCCAAGGCCUACAUAAUAGCCCAAUUGGCCUACAAUUUGCACGAGAUACCCGAGCUCUAUUUCCAGAAGGCCAAGAAAGAGGAGUACUUUGGUAAAACGGUGCAAAGUAUCGCAGCUAUCGGGCUCAUUUAUGUACCGUAUGUCUUGAAUUUCCAUCGCCUACUUGUGUUCUUGUUGGUGCUUCACCACGUUUCGGAGUUUUUCUACCACAUCGCUCAGCUGAUUCAAACCGUCGAUAAAGAUGAGAAAUACUCGAAAGGUACUAAACUGAUUUCUAACGUUCUGCAACUAUUGGCUCGUUUGGGUAGCAUUAUUCUGGCGGUGUUGACUUUGUGGUACGGCUUGGCUCUCGGGGAACAACGGGAGUUGGACAUUCAAGCGGGUUAUUACAAUACUCCGAUCGUACGACUGGUAGUUUUGUCGGGAAUUUUGGGAUUGCAAAUGUAUUUGACGUUUAACGUGAUCCAUCAAGAAUUGGCUAGAUCCCGCGAGAACAAGGACGCCGUUGUGGCCAAACCGAAGUCCCAGAAGAAGGAUAAGACUAAGAAAAGUAAGAAAAGCGAAGAGUCCGAUUUGCCCGAAGUAGACCAAAACACGAACAAAACCUUGAAGAAGCAAAAAGUGAAAUAAAUCCAUUUUUUAAACAUCCAUUCUUUCAGCUCGUACGUUAUUUGUAUGAAUGUACUCAUUUUAAAACCCCGCAUUUUAUUAAUCCAUGUCAUUUCACGUUCGAUUUCUGUUGAAACUUUUUAAAAGAAACGUUUAUUUAAGUAUAAUAUAUUUUUUUAUGGAAGUACAAGUUUGUGAAGUCCCUCCAACUGUGAAUUUUGAAUAAAUUGUUAAAUCAUUCCUACUUGUAUUGCGUGUACUGUCGAAAUUAUCGACCAUUUCAUGUAUCUUAUCAACCAAUGUUAUAUUAUUUAUAAUAAAAUCGUAAAU